AUGGUAGUGGUGGGGGGAGCAAUCCCGGCGGCACCGCCCGAUGGUACAGUCCAGCCGGGGCUGGGACGAGGCACCUCGCUCGGGGUGGGGGGUCAAACCAUCUGCACCUUCUACGCGGAGAGGGGAGAGUCCCCUCCGGGAAGCUCCCCGGGCCCCGCGUCCAGCGUGGGCUUCGGCGCCGCCCGCCUCGACUCCCCGGCUUGCAGCCUGCCCCGUGCCCCCCGAGCGGCUCGCAUGCCCCGCCGGCCGUGCGCUCCUCUCUCCCCUCCCGCGUUGGUUGGGCCGGGACGGCGGUUGGGCUGCCUGCGCGCCGGGCGGCGGUUGGGCGGACGGAUGUCCGCGGGCCGGGAUCCGUGCGGGGGGUGGUGGCGCGCGUGGCCGUGGGUUCUCGUGCGUUCAUCCCGGCCCGCGAUCCCCAGCCACCCCGCCCGCAAAGGUGUGGGGACCGCUCCUGUGGGUCGGUCUGCAAACGCGAUGGCGGGCUGUGUAGGGCGGAGGCCGAGGACCAAGAAAACUGGCGAGCGAGGCGGGUCUCUUAGGCAGUCGGGUUCUCAUUGAACUAUUAUUAAAACGAGGAAUGUCUGUAGCCAGGUUGAAUAGGUACUAGGUAAAAUGGCCUAGUUGCCAUCUGCCUUCCCAGCACACGAAAGCUACUGAACUCGGGUGCCAUUUAUUUUAGCUUUGUUAGGUGGAUUAUUUGGAUUUCAAUCCAUUUUCAACCAAUAUGUAUGUAUGUACACUUAAACCAGAGAGUAGGGGUUGGUUUUGUUACUGAUGCAAUCCACCCAGCUAAAAUCCCAUACCCUGAAUCCAUAAGAGCUUGCCUGCACAUCUUUCACUAGUCUUGUGUUUAAGGCCAAGUGUAUCUACUUUUCAUUAAAAGCAAAAGGUACUCUGUAGUAGCCUCGCUUUCUGAUUUGUUCGCGCCACUGCAGCAGUAAGCUCUUUGUGGGCCCGAGGGUGUGCAGCAUUACAUUGUAUCCUUUUGUACCCAUCCCCUCCGCUGGGGUCACUACAAUACCUUCUGCACCGAUGAACUGUAUGUACUUAAUUUGUUGCUCUAGAACUGAGAAAACGAAAUAGGGAUUGGUUGGGGGGCAAAGUAACAUACA